AUAGUAUUUGGUAUUUGACUCUGCUACGGGUUAUGGUAAUACUCACAUUUUUCAGCCGUGACUGUUGGUACCACUGAAGUUUCAAACCAACACAGUUACAGAACAAUCCAAAACAAGCAAAAGUCGUAGACAUUAAACACAUCUAAAGAGCUGUGUAUACGUCGUGUAAACAGUAGUGUAUUGUGGUGUAUUGUAAUGUGUAUACUUGCAGUGAAGUUGAUAACUUAAUAAUCGAACCGUAAGUUAAUAUCCAAGCUGACAAUGAGAUGGACGAGAUAAACGUUUUAUUUUAUGAGUAAAUAACAGUGCCGUGUAGGAGUCAAUAACUCCUAUCAAGAUUUCGCCGAGACAGUUGCAUCUGGCGAUUCGAAGUCAUCAAUUUUAUUAAUUAAUAGAUAAUGGCCGAGAAUCAGGAGCCUGUAACUGAUAUUUCCAAUGUAGGGUGGAAACGGCCAGAUGAAUUUAUGAAAUUGCAUUUGCUCAAGAAAAAAAGAGCAUUAAACGCCCGUUUGUGUAAAGAGGUUCUACCUCCGCCUACAACCCCCGGCACAACUUGUAAUGAUGUUUUUGAGAAAAGAGACUUACUUCGAAAGAGGAAGAAUCCCUUUAGGUGUGAAACAAAUAAACGCUUGAAAGGAGGUGACAAUUUGUGUGAGAUUUCUAGCAGUGAACUUGAAAAUUCGAAUGAUACAACAUUAUUUCAAUUGAUCACGGCAAGUGGAACUUCUGAAAAUAAGCACAGUAAUGAGCUGAUGCAAACGUCAUUUUCCAGUAUCUUGAGUAAACUUAAAGGAGAAACAACUGAUCCUAUUGUGCACAAUGAAAAUAAUUAUAUUCCAGUGGAUUGGUCAUUGAAAAGUAAAAUCAGAUUAAUGUCUGAAAAACCUUUCCCAUGGGAUUUAUUAUUGAAGGCCUGUGAAGAAGCAUCAGGAAUAACAGGUUUUGUGAGAUGUGUUAAUUCUGGAUUGAGCCCAGAAAAAAACAAGAGUACAACAUGCUCAUUAGAUACAAGUCCCAAUGCCCGUUUCCUUCAGUGCUGUUUGGUAUGGCAAUAUCCCUCUUUCCCAUGGCUCUCUGUUUUUCCACGUACGGCUGGACGUGUGAGCUCCACAUCUGCUAGUUUUAUUGGCUCCAAUCCGGAACUUAGAGAGAGCUUGUACAAUGAAUGGCGAGUGAGCUUACGUUCAUUAUAUCAGUUAGUUCGAGCUCUACAAUGUCCUUACUUCUAUGUGUGUGCCAAUAAUUUUACAUGCCUCUUCCGAGCUGCUGGAAUCGGUGGAAAGACUCAUAUUCAUGCUUUUAUAACUCCAACCACAUCUGGUUUUCGUCAGUUGCUUAAAAAUGAAGAUGUGCAGUACACCAUGCCACUUAGAAAAUCAAAGCCAACAAAACGUCUUUCCAGUGAUAGUAACAGUGAUACUGGCUACGAUACAUUAGAUUCAAUCACUGAUGACCAAUCACAAUCUAGCUUUUCAAAGACUUCUGCUGUUAAUGAAGAAAUUGAUGAUGAUGAUGAUGAUGAUGAUGACGACGAGACAGCAGAUGAAUGGUUGAAAAGUAUGGGUAUGGAAGCUUCAGAGAUUAAGAAACUUAAUGCUCACCAGGAAAAACUGGUGUCAGACAGAUCCCGAGAAGUCGAUCAUAGCUCUGAAUCUCUCGUUUAUGUGGAAGGUUUUGAUGUCCAAGCUCUCUUUAAUUUUCUGAAUAAUUGCAAAUCUAUAGUUUCGUCAACAGGGCCCCUAGCAGGUAUUCCUCCUACAUUGCUUGCCCCUGUUGCUUUUCGGGGUGCUCAUCUCAAACCUUUUAAGGUACAACAAAGUCGAGUAAAAGUAGACACAAAGUCAUACUAUUCAAUCGAAAUACGUGGACCAAUUCUUCCUCAUACAGUUCAUAAUCUGUGCGGUUUAAUUAAACAAAAGCAAUCAUUUUCCAUGACAUUUGCUCAUGUAGAACCUACAAAACCAUUUUCUGAAGUAGCAAGUGCAAUAAGUUCAAGAAAAGAAACUGCAGUUGAUAUUUCAGUAAAAACACCUGAAAAGAUUGGAAAUUCAACUACCGUACAUACUCCCACAAAGACCCCAGCUUCAGGUGCUUUCUGCAAAGAAAACCUCAGUGAUUGUGGACUUCAUUGUUCAUUAAUUGACUCUUUUUGUUCUCCUGAUAUGUAUAUUCGUGUGGUUGAUAGUUUACGAAGUAAUAUUGAUGGCACAUACUGUUGGUCAUAAAAUGUAAGAAAAUACAUGAUCUCAUUCAAAUAACAUUAUUAAUUUGCCAUUAGGUAAGUUGUCCUUCAAUUUUUAUAAUUAUGUGACUAGUCCAACUAGGGCCAAAAUUUGUAUUUUUACACACAAAAAAAUGUAUAUUUAUACUUAUAUAAAUGGAAUAGUUAUGCACCAUAAGUUGUUUUAUUUUCUUGUAUACUCUUUAAUGAAAUUUUUGUGAAAGCUGUCUAAAAUGUAAGAUUAGGAUGUGUAAAUACUAAUUGCGUUUGAAUAUAAUAAUAAGAAAUAUCAUAUUGAAAAAUACACAAACCAAAAUUUUGAGAAUUUACCCUUUACUCCUGAGAUUUGCAAAUAAAUAUAGUACCAUUUAAUGUUUAAUGUUUGAGGAAUUCCACUUUGAUUGGAACAGGUGAUAGUUUUAUUUGAUUGAUUAGUGAUUCCCAAUCAGUGGCGGCUUGUGGUCAUGCUAUUAGGGUGUGUGAUGCCUCUGUUCUCUCUUUCUUCUUCCCAACCUCUCUCUGUCACCCACAUUUGUACAUACGUACAAGCAUAUACAUUCAUUCAUUAUUAUAAAUAAUGACAAUUAAAUACAAGGCAUCUCAUGAAGUUUGAUAGCAUGCUGAACAGUUCCUUUUAUCAGUGAUCUCAGCAUUAUAGCUCCUGCACUAGUUCACUGCCUUCAAUUAGCAAUGAGAGUUGGCCGCAUUUCUUUUCACGACAUCCGCUUCGACUUCUCUCGCCCAAGGACCCUUCCGAAAUAUUUACGACCUGCAUCGUAACAUGGCGAGGCAUACGCAGAGAUCGCCGUUGUGUCUGCGUAGUAAAAUUCGCAUC